UAAGAUAUGAAGUAAAGAUCAAUUGAAUAUGUACAUAUGUUUGUGGUUUAUAAUAGAACUGUCAUGUAAAUGCAGUGUCUAGUUUUCUGUAACAAAAUGGCAACAACAAAGUGUGAAGAAAGACUACUUCUUCGAGCCCGAGAUCUGGGACGAAAUAGCGCUGGUGAUCUUUGCAUCGCGGUCCUUCUCGGCCUGGGUCUCGUUCUUCUGGUCCAUUCCGAGCUGCUGCUCGAUCGCGUCGACGCCCUUGCGGAUGUACUUGUCCUGGCCGCUGCCGGAGCUGGCUCCCGAGGUGCUCUUUUGCUCUGCGCUGGACUGGCUGUUGCUGUUGCCGCCGAGGUUCUUGAGAAGGUCUGCCAUUGCUGUUGUAUAAUAGAAAUUGUAGAUAGAGUUGAUGUUAGGAUACAGGAGGUAUGUGGAUACGACAAGGUGCAGGAAGAGGGUCUUUUAUAGAAGUCCAGGUCGAAGAUCGCUACCCCAUCAAGCCCCAGAAGAACAGCAGUGACGAGGUGACGACAGCUCAAUCACAAUAGCCAAUUUCUGAAUUUAUUCCCUCUUUCAAGAAGUAUCGAGCGAUCAUCUACAAAUAUAGAACCGUCGAUGAUCUCUUUGGGCGGUGGUCGCGGUAGUGGUCACUGGCGGGAGCUGAGUCUCGUCACAUUGUGACUUAUGAUGUCAUUUGGUUUUGUGAAAC